AUGUCGGGACGUUCGAGCUUCUGGCUCUGCCACAGAGCUAUUGUGAACAGACCUAACAGUAUAAGCGCGAUCCAUUUCACUGCGGUCCCUGGCAUUCGCCCUCACACCCGACGAGGAAUUACAUCUGAUGACAAGCCAUUGCCGGAGGCAGAAAAGGGUAGCAAGGGCCCCAACCAGGAACAGCUUCCACAUGUAAGUGAAGAAGCUGCGGCGACAUCAAAGGUCACUGGAGAAGAGGGACCAGACCUUGAGCAAGGCACACCCGUGCAAGAGGUACUUCAACGCGACAAGAAGGCAAUGGAAAACGCACCCAAGGUGCUACAAAAUGAUAUAAAUCAACCGAAGCCAAGUGGUACCAGAUCAUACUCGACCUCGACAAGGCGACGAGCUCAAGCAAACAUUAUGCCGACUUCGACGAGCGUACAGGGUUACGGGGAAGGGCAAGGGCACAUGUUUCCGCUUCCAGAUCUGCCCUUGCCAAGUAAAUCUCACAUCAGACGUCGUUACGAGCCGAUAGUUGACCAAUUUACAAAGCUCAUGAUGAAACACGGGGAGCUCAGUAAAGCGCAAAGCGUAGGCAUUCUUGCAGGAAUAAACGGGAGGAUAUUUGGAAGAUUGACGACUCUACAGACAAUGGCGAUGAUACUCGAGCGACUUCGGACGGGCUCUCCACCAUCAAACACACAAAAACCCCUAUACCCUAACUCUCCUCCACCAUCACAUCUACCACUCAAUCCAAUCACAUUUCUAACAACUGCUGUCGACUCGGUAGCUCCUCUUCUACGUAUUCGGUCUCAAAAGGGAGCAGCGGGAGGUGGUAUGGCGUUGCAGAUUCCUGUCCCUCUCACUUUGCGACAACGGCGACGGACGGCAAUUCUGUGGAUCCUGGAUGCAGCGAGUAAAAAGCAGAUCAGAGGAGGUGGACGAUCACAGUUUCCAAACAAAGUCGCCGAUGAAAUCAUUGCGACCGUAGAAGGAAAAAGUAGUGCUUGGGAGAAGCGACAGGGCAUACACAAACUUAGUGUCAAUGCGCGAGCAAACUUAGGGACUAGACUUAGGAGAUACAAAAAUUUUACUUGA